UCUCUCUGAUACUCGGAUUAAAAUGUAGGUAUUAAUACGCCCAGCAUCACAGCGUUACAGCAGUGGCCCCGAGUAGCGGGCGCCAGCUAGUCUACGGUAGUCUAGCGCCGGCUCCCUCCUUGCAGAUCCCUUGGUAAAUUGUCAUAAUUCCUGCUGCUGCUCAUACUUCGUAUGCCCUGGCCCAAGAAUGACCGCAUCGUGCACCACGACAGGGUCCCUAUACAUUUUUGGUAUUCUUUGCAUACAGCAUCACAAUCACCUUUGUACGGCUUCACCGCCCACGACAGCGUCCGGAUGCUGACAAUCCUAACUCUUUCGUUUACUUGUCUAUAAUUACUAGUACUGCCUGGGAAACUUUUACACUCGUUAUUUGGCAUCCCAUUGAGACAUGGCCGCCCUACACACAGGCCGUGAUGCCUCCCAGGAGAAACCAUCUCCAGUGUCACUCGAUGGCUCGCGCGAUGCUGCACUACCGCAGUCCCGUCAGGAUCUCGUCGACGAGCAUGGCGCCGCUCACCAUCCAAGCCCCGGCGGCCUGAUCCGUGUCAAAUCCGCCGGAGAGAGCGGUCGACGCGGCUUUCAUCCCAUCCAAUUCUUCACCAUCAUUUGGAUGUCGUCGAGUCGCGUGGCACGCGCUGUCAACAUUCUUUGGCCUUUCGUGCCUGCCGCUCUCGCCGUCUAUUACACGCAAACAGGCCCUGCUACUCUCAGAUUCAGUCUCGCCUACAUCGCAAUGGUCCCUUGUGCCAACCUCAUUGGAUUUGCCGGCGGGGAACUGGCUAGGAAGAUGCCCCAUAUGCUUGGUGUCUUGACCGAGACAACAAUUGGCUCCAUCGUAGAAAUUGUCCUCUUUCUCGUGCUGCUACUCGACACACCAAGCGAAAAUAAGUACUACAUUAUCCGUGCUGCUAUAUUAGGCUCUAUCCUGGCUACCAUGCUCCUAUGUCUGGGGUCGUGCUUCUUCGCGGCUGGCGUGCGGCGCGAAACAGCGACGUUUGACUCGGCGCUUAGCGAAGUCGGCACUGGUUUGCUACUCAUGGCUGGUCUUGGCCUCGCAAUUCCAACCAUCUUUCAACACAGUAUUCUCUCGGACCUUGCGAGAUACGGCAUUGACGAGAGACAACUUGACACUAAAACAACACAGAUAUCACGAGUCGUCGCCGUACUUUUGCUAAUUGCGUAUAUUGUCUUCGUCUGGUUCCAAAUGCGCACACACCACGGCAUUUAUGAUGCUAUCUUCGAACACGACGAGCGUCGGGACGCCGACGGACAUAAACAGAAAGCCAAGGCGAAGCUCACACUAACUGAAUGCAUUGUUUCGCUCAUUAUCUCCGUCGCGCUCGUAACCCUCAUCGCACUAGCACUCGUUCGCGAGAUCGAACCGCUUGUAGAAGAGAGCGGCAUCUCAGACCCCUUUAUCGGUCUGAUCCUCGUCCCGCUCGUUGAGAAAGCCGCCGAGCACUUGACUGCUCUCGACGAGGCCUGGGACAACCAGAUCAACUUCGCUCUUUCUCACUGCAUCGGCUCUACCAUCCAGACCGCCAUGUUGAACGCGCCACUCGUCGUCAUUGUCGCUUGGGGACGCGGUCUCCCGCUUGAUCUCAGCUUCGAGAUCUUCGAGAUUGCUGUUCUCAUCAUCGCCAUCAUCACGGUGGGCAAUUACCUGAGGGACCAGAAGAGCGACUAUCUUGAAGGCUUCCUCUGCAUCAUCACCUACGUCGCCAUCGCUGUUGCUGCCUUCUAUUUCCCUACACCGCUAGAGGCUCAUUCCAACCCAGCGGGAGGCCAUGGUGAAGGGGCUGAGAGCGGCGGACAUGCCGAACGUAGCCUCUUUAUGUAAUUCACCCAUAUUUGACGGGCAGGUUGAUCAUUGCAUUAUUCUUUCCCCCUCUUCCGAUAUUAGCGUGCGAUCUUCCCAGUUUUUUUCACUUAGCGUAUGCAU